AUGACCAAGGCAAAACAGGCGUUUGAGAUCCUGAAACGCAAGAUCGUGUCGACCCCAGUAUUGAGGCACCCUGACAGGACCAAACCAUUCGUUAUUAUAACCCAUGCAAAUCAAUGGGCUGCCUGUGCGGUCCUGGGUCAAGAACAUGACGGUUUGAUCCAGCCAGUGCGUUUUACGGUGCGUGUUCUCCACGAUGCGGGGUUGAGAUAUCACAUUGCAGAGAAAGAGGUCAUCGCCGGGCUGAGGGUACUGCAGGUGUUCAGAACACUCAUUCAGGAUUGCCCUCUCAUUGUGUACACUAGACACUCGGUUCUGAAGUGGAUCAUGAAAUCCAAGACGGCAGAUGGGAGAUGUGUACCAUGGGGAGUUUUGCAGUGGCAUCAGGAUGUCAGGAAGAUCCAACGAGAUGUAGAUGGACUAGCUGUCAUCCUGGGCGGCGGUAUCACACCUCGAGAGCAUUUAGACGAAGUCACCGAGGAACUCAUUCCUGCCAAGGGGCGUGCGAAACCGCCACCGAUAAUCAGCGUGGAGAUGCUGGAAGAUACCUUCCAGUGCAUCGUUUUAAGUUUCGAUGGCGCCGCCAAAACGUCUACCCGGCAAGGUAGCUGUGGGUGUAUUUUGUGGGAACUCCCUGGAUGGAAAAUCCUGGAUGCACAGGGUUUCAUCCUGGAAGAUGUCACUGUGAAUGCCGCCGAAUACUGCGGACUCCUGAAUGGUUUAACCAUGGCGCAGACUAGGGGCGUCAGAGACCUGAUCGCUGUGGAUGAUUCACGAAUCGUCACCCAACAUCAAAAGCGAUUGGCCAGUUGUGAAGCACUGAAAGCAAAGUUCGAUUCAGUAAGACUGGUACACGUCAAGCAGGACUUCAACCAGGCAGCGGAUUACUUGACUUCCAAGACACUGUUGUUUGGAAGGUCCUGGAGCGUCCAGGAAGAUGGGGAGUGCCAACAUCUGGAGCGAGUAUCCAAGAUUCAAGAGAAGCUGAUGAAGUCAGCCGAGGUUCACCUGGUGUCAUCCGAACCUCUCGACCCUCUGGAUUACCAACGAGAAAUGUGGCGACGAAUUAAGGUGCACCAGGAACAAGAUGAAUAUCUAUGCGAUUUGAGAGAUUUCCUGAAUGGAGAAGUCGACCGUUUCACGUUACACCUGUUGCGGAAGAUCGCCAAGGUCGCAGACCUGUUCGCCCUGGAUGCCCGUGGCGUGCUGUACCGGUUAGCCCAGUCCACCCGAGGUAGAUCCCGAGAUGCUCAGGAUGAAUUACGAUUGGUGGUACUGGUAACCCUGAGAGAGGACAUCCUACAUUAUGCCCAUGAGGAUUUUCAGGGUGGACACCAGGGCAUCAAACGGACUCACGAGAAAUUGCGCUAUGAGUUCUAUUGGCCCGGGAUGUAUGCAGACGUGGAACGGCACGUAAAAGAGUGUGUGGAUUGUGCAAGUGGCAAAGGACAUCCGUCUAACCCUGGCCCAUCUCCUGGAAACAUCGAACCAAGACGACCGUUUGAAGUGGUCUCGAUGGAUUUCGUGACACACAUGCCGAAAUCGGAGCGGGGAAACACUUUCUUGCUCUUAUUCCAAGAUAUGUUCCAGGAUUCGUGA